UCAGCCAAGACGGCAGGACAGCUGGGUUGGCGAAAUGUCAAAUUUUCAACAAACUUUCUUCUACAAUAAUGCAAUUUUUCUAAAUUAAUUCCUUGGUAAAUAUAUUAUAUUCGUGUAUAAUGCGGGUAUGUGCGUUCCUGUUGUUGUCGCUGGCGCUAGGCGCCGCGGCUUGGGACGAUGACGAUUUGGAGGUGUUCGACGUGGUCGAAGAAGUCAAUCAGAAUUUCUACGAGUUGCUCGGAGUUACACAGGAAGCUACACCGUCUGAAAUCAAGUCAGCUUUCAAGAAGCUGACUCUGAAAUUGCACCCGGACAAGAAUGACGCCCCGGAUGCAGAUGUGCAGUUCAGGAACCUAGUCUCCGUACACAACAUUCUCAAAGAUCCUGGAAAGAGAGAGAAGUACAAUGAAGUGCUUAAGAACGGUCUGCCCAACUGGCGUUCAGCGGUAUACUACUACCGCCACGUCCGUAAGAUGGGUCUGGCCGAGGGCUCUAUUAUUCUGUUCGUUAUCAUUACCUUUGGGCAGUAUGCUGUCGGCUGGGCGGCUUAUGCUGAGAAGAGGUUUACUGCAGAGCAAAUCCUAAACAGCAGAGGCAAGAAGCACUCAAAGAAAUCCGGUUUUGACACCGGCCUAGCUGAGAUCCUAGAUCAGUUGCCCAAACCCAGCAUCAAAGACACCCUGCCGUUCCAAAUACCGAGGCUCAUAUGGUGGAGUAUAGUUGGCAUACCUCGGGGCAUCAUGGAACUCAGGAGACAGAUGAAAGAACGGGAGGAAGAAGCUAAGAGGCAGAAGAAGAGGGAAGCGGAAGAGAAAGCGCGGGCGGAGCGCGAAGCAGCCGCCAUGGAGGAAGCGAAAGCUAAGGGCGCUCGCAAGCGGCGCGGCUUCGUGCCUCCCGAGCGGGAGUGUCUGCUCGACCCCGUGGCUGCUGAGGACGACACGCCUGUCCCGGUUCCCGUCAAACCGGCACCAGUAAUAACCGGCGGUCUCUGGACGGACGACGACCUAGCCGAGCUCAUAAGACUCGUGAAGAAGCACCCCGGAGGCUCCGCGGAGCGCUGGGAGCGCAUCGCUGAAGCUAUGUGUCGCUCAGUGCCUGAGGUCACGCACAUGGCUGCCAAGUUGAAGGACAACUGCUAUAAGAUACCGGGACAGGAGCCUGAACCGGUGCCUGUGGAGGUUCCCAAGAAGGUGAAAACACGUAAAACAGAAGAAGUGAGCAGCGGCAACUGGUCGCAGCAGCAACAGAAGGCGUUAGAAGCAGCUCUAGCCAAGCAUCCCAAAGGCGGCGCCGGCGACCGCUGGCAGAAGAUCGCAGCAGCUGUUCCUGGGAAGACCAAGGAGGAAUGUAUGCAGCGGUGUAAAUACCUAUCAGAAACGCUCAGGAAGCAGAAACAGAAAGAAGAAGAAGAUAGACUGAGAGAGGAGAAUGGAGAACAGAGCGACACAGAAGGACAGAACGAGUCAUAACGAAUUAGUUUUUGGAAAAUGAUCUCUAAUAGAAUUGUAAAGGACAAUUACUUUAUGAGUAUUUCAGUCCUGUGUAAUUAGCACGAUAUAUAUCAUCGAUAUAAUUAUAGAUAAAUACGUAUAUACUCCUAAAGUUCCGACGUAUUGGUGUGAUAGAAAGAGACAAACGAACUUUAUCAGCUUGCUAACUUUAGUGUACGUUUAUGAAUAAGGGGGUUUCUCUGUUUACACGGAGUAUUACGAGUAUAUACGUUGUUAUCUAUAGAUAUGUUGAUAUUGAGUGUUGACACUGUCGUAACUCGUGGUAAAGGCACGUCUUGUAAAUAUUACUGUACCAAGGUGUAUACUAUAUAUCCGUAAACUUUCCCUUUUUGACGGUUAGACAUCAGUUGGAAAUACUUAGUUACUUUUUUACUUAUU